UUUAAAUGCCAUCUAUCUUUAUCUUGGCUUCACUGUGCAUCUCUUGGUUUAGAAGUGGCUGAUCAGAACAUCAUAAUGGUUGCUAGAGUGAGAGUAAAGUCAAACCCAACUAUGCCUAUCUCCUUGGCAGCUGAGUCGUCCAGGGGACAGACCAGGCAGGUAAAACCAGUGUCUGACAAGAAGAUGCACCAGGAACAUCACAAGGGCAACGCAUUCACGACCUGCUGGCUGUUUCGGCAGAAGGAGCGCACAGCUACGGAGCCCAUGGAUAAAUUCACUGCCACCGGGGCUGAGGACCGAGAGGGCCGGCUCAGGGAGCUGUCUGUCAGGUGGUUCAUGGACACCCAGGCCCCGCUAAUCCUGCGGAACGGAAUAUUCCCCAGUUGGUUCCAGGGUUUCAUCACCAGAAAGGAUGCAGAAAAGAUCCUUCAUGAGAAAGAGCUGGGCAGCUUCCUGAUUCGUCUCAGUGACAAGGCCACUGGCUACAUCCUCUCCUACAAAGGCAACGGGCGCUGUCGCCACUUCAUGAUGAGCCAGAGCAAAACGGGACAGUUCAUCGUCGCCGGGGACACGCGAGAACACCCCUCCCUCACGGAACUCAUCGAGUACUACAAGAAGAGCCCUAUUGAGCCCUUUGGGGAAUAUCUGACCUACUCCUGCUUAGAGGAGUGUGCUGAGGAGCUGUAUGACAUGAUCCAGGUCAGCCAUCAUGAAAAGCCUCCAGUUAACACCAGAGCCAGGAUGCCCGUUACCGUGGCACCACAGAGCCAUCAGAAACCCGAGGAAAUGCCACCGCUGCCCAGGCGGAGGAGAGCGCAGGUGGACGGUUGUGUGAGCGACGGGCGGGGCUCCCCCUGUGGCGGGGAGGCGUCACUGGCCCGGCCGGGGAAACCCAGCAGCAGCAGCAGCCGGGAGGGGGGCAGAGUCCUGGCCGAGAGCACCCCAGGGAGGGCCGCCUGGCUGGAGCCCGAGACCCCCAGGAGCAGACCCCCUCGUCCUCCUCCUCCUCACCAGCUCCUCCUGGCCGGCCCCCCCACCAUCACCUCCACCUCCGAGCCGCCGCGCACCGUCUACUCCCUGCUCCAACCGCUGGAGGCCAAGAGCGCGUCCCUCCCCCUGCUGCUGGACGCCCCCUCCGAGAGAGAGGCGCCGCCCCGGCUCAGCCCACCCCCCCCUAGACCCUCCCCCCGGUCCUCCCCCCGGUCCUCCCCCAGAGGUGGUGGUGGGGCCAGAGGUGGAGGCCACAGCAGACCGGUCAGCAGCCACAGUCUGGACUACCUCAGCUCCAGCCCUGUGUACCACCUGGCCACCGCAGGCCAGGGGCCGGUCGACGGCAAGGAGAGGUCAGCGCCACCAAACAAGGACUAUGCUUCCGGCUUGUUUGACGACGACGCGUACGAGAUGUUGCCCGGUGCAGACGGCCCGCCGUUGGCCCGGGGGGAACCCAGACGGGACUCCCACACCUAUGAGUCCCUGGAGGACCUCCGAGUGAAACCUGUGGGCCCGUCGGCUGGGGCCAAGGAUGAAAGGUGGAAAUGGUUUCCAGAGUUGAAGUGGAAGUGACGCAGAGACGCCCACAGCUUCUGCUGCAGUCCAACACUAUGGCUCAUCAUCCACUCCUUUUGAUGCAACUUUUGAUACAUACUUUAAAUGAUUUGAUAAAAAUGUCAAACGCAGCAUGUUAUUUUUUCAAGUCAUUAUUAUGAUAAAAGUUGAUUGUAUUGUAUUUUCUCUUCCAUGUACAUUUCAAUAAAUAUUUAGGGGUCCUAUGAAAAAUGUAGGAACCCUUUUGUAUUUAUUGUUUUAUCGUGACUUUUUUGGCAGACAAAAAUCGGCAGGCUUGUAGAACUGGUAAAAUGAGAAAGAGAAUCAAAGGAUGGGAUAGAAUAACCCAUAGGUGGCGCUAUAAUAAGGCAUUGAAGUUCAACAUUUCAACAAGUUGCAUUACCACUAGGUAAGUGCAAUAUGCAUGAAACUUGUUACACAUGCACAAUACGUCUUGAAGAACAACUUUACAAAAUUGAUAGCAAUAAGGCCAAAGACGGCAGAGUUACACUGUACAUUUUGAAGGGAAAUAUAAACAUAUCUCGGAUGUUUAAACAGGUAUAAGAUUUGUUCAAAACCACGCAGCCUCGGCUGUCUACAUGUACUUGUAGUAUUGUGGUAUUGCGUCAACCUUAUGGCGAUGAGGUCGCUGAGGUCAUCAACAGCCCCCCUGAACCAG